GGCCAUCAAUACGGUUUGUACGGAAAAGCAACAAAAGCGGAUUUUUGACGUUGCACUACGAAGAAACGGCUAUCUUUAGCUAUAUCGCGUUAGCUAUCUUUGAUAGACCAUUUCCUUAUGAAGUACGUAGCGGCUUCAAAUUUGAGUUAAACUCAAUAUUUUAACUUUUACCACCCAAUUACUAGCAGUCGUUUUCUGAAAAGCGCGCGGAGACAAAAGUUUGAGCUCCUACAAUGUUAACAUGAUAUAUAAAAACACAAUUUUUUCAAGUUGUUUUAAUAUUGUAACAUGUUCUUGAAGUACGCUACGGCCUCAUUUUCUCAAUAAUUUACACAGAUACCUAUAUAACUAGAUUUUGAAUAGGCAUAGUUUUCGACAAAAUCGUACUGUAAAAACAGAGAAUUUCGCAGUAAUUUUGACAUAAUAUUGAGAUUAUUUGUAUACAAUAUUAUAGUUUGUUCUUUUAACAACAUGAUAAAAUAAAAAAGUACAUGAUUUUAUGAAAGACAGUAUUUUUUUUUAAAUAUUCAAAUGAUGUAUAAAUUCCAAUGCGCGCGGACCGCGUCUUCAGUACCGCGCGAGCACUCGUAGAGGUAGGACCUGUGUUAUUUUGUCCGGACUGCGCGAAUCGCUCGGUUUCGUUGCGCGGCCAAGUGCGGGAAGCGUUCCGAGAAGUGAAUAUACUGCGACCGACCACCCUUGAUCGUAUAGGUAAGUACAUAUAUUUCAUUUUUGAUUAUAUUAGAGACCUGUUUGAAAUAUUAAAGUUAUUUUAUCGAAUGUGAAUGUACCGCAACCAACCCUUCUUGAUAGUUUAAACUUUAAGUAAUACAGAGUGUUUUUUUUAAAUAGGGACAGUAUGGGGAAAUUAAAGAAUAACUUAAGUAUUUUAUUUAUAUCAUUAUAUUAAAAUGCCUUAUAGUUCCUAAGGCAGUUUUACUUCCCUAUAUUGUCCCCUUUUAAAAAAAUCACUAUGUGUAUAUUUUUUCUAUCUCAGAUAAAUAUGUCCAACACAUUUCUUUUUCAUUUCCAUUUCCAGCAUGGGUCGCAAAGAGAAUCACUACCGUUGUGUUAGAAAGAAAAGAUAUCCUUCACAGCUAAAAGAAUCGAACAAGAUAAGAAAGAAAAAAAACCAGGGAGAUAUUCAAUUGAAUCAGGGAUCAUUUGCAUUUGAAGAUACGAUCCAAAGCAAUUCCACGCCGUCGUCUUCUAAGCUCAAUUCAACUACUGUAGGUAACAAUCUAUAACAUGACGAGGUAAAAAUCAUGUACAUCAACAUGAAAUACACAAAUACAACAUAAUAAUAAGGGUACUUAUUAUAAUUUUAAAUGAUUUCUUUAACUUUGUUUUAGACACUUAACAUUUCCACACAUUCGUCUCUUAAGACUAAUUCAAUUAACCCUACCGGAAAAUCCUCAAUGCCACUACUUGAAGAAGUGAUUCCACGGUUAAGGCCCAGAAAAGAAUCAAAGAAGAGUCCGAUAACCAGCGAGACAGCAGCAACAACAUUUAAGGAUGAUACAAAAAAAACACUUCAAGAAACGACAGUAUUCGAGGAAGAAAUGAGUGAUACGGAAAUGUCAUUGACAAUAGAAACGGAUGUUGAAAAUAUCACGAUUCCAAACAAAGUUAUUGAGGGACGGAGAAUAAUAGACUUUGAAUUCUUUAUGAAACAGUUAACUGAUAUUGAGACACACGGUGAGAAAUUCGGUUGCAGGCUGAGCAAUCUCAAUUUAGUUCGAGAGAAACAAACGGGACUCAAAUCAGUUUUUUUUUAUAAAUGUCGUAUGUGUAAAUGCUUCAAUGGAUUUACCAACCAUGGCGUUCCCACUGUAUAGCUCAACUCACGAUGAUGUCGCAGAAAUGUGGCGCAUAACUGCCGAGCAAACAAUGCAAAAAGCUGCCGAAGAAGAGCGAGAUGCUGCAAUAUCACGUGGUGAUGUCAAUGAUGCCGGGAUUGCAACGGUGCCUGUAGAAGCAGACGCCUGUUGGAGUAAACGGUCCUAUAGAACCAACUAUUCGGCUCUAUCUGGUUGUGCUGCUAUCAUUGGCGAGCAUACCGGAAAAGUACUUCAUACCGGAGUUCGCAACAGGUAUUGCGUCAUAUGUGCUCGUGCUCAAAAAAAAAACCUUCCUCCUCGUCAGCAUAAUUGCACCAAAAAUCAUGUAGGGUCAGCAACAAGCAUGGAGCAAGCAAUAUUGGUGGAAGGUUUUAAGUGCUCGGUAGAAGAGAGGAACCUUAUAUACAAAACAUUAAUAGCCGAUGGUGAUUCCAGCACAUACAAGAACAUUGUUGAUAGUAGGCCAUAUCCAAAUGUUUUUAUACAAAAAAUAGAGUGCACCAACCACCUGUUACGUAACUAUAACGGAAAAAAUAUGCAACUGCCGAAAGAUACAACGAUUCCUUUAAAAGAACGCAAACUUUUAACUUCGGAUCGCAUAACUAGACUUCGUACAGCUAUCCGCUCAGCAAGCAAGUAUAGAAAUGAAGAAAAUAACUCCAACGAGACCAAGAUUAAAAAUUUACAAAAAGAUAUAAUUAACAGUAUUUACCACAUCUUUGGAGAUCACGCAGAGUGUGAAGACUACUACUGCACCCAAGAAAGAAAAGCAGAACAAAAUUUAGUUCCACUCGUACCAACGUUAAUGACGAAAUUAAGAAAAAAUGCGUCACAGCUGGCUCUUAACUCCAGAAGUCUGUUGUAUAAUUUCACUAAUAACCGAGCCGAACAAUUUAAUAGCAUGGUCGCAAAAGUAGUGGGAGGCAAAAGAGUAAAUUUUUCCUUAAAGGACUCAUACAAAGCACGCUGCUAUGCCGCGGUUGUAGCCUUUAAUACCGGCAAAGCUCAGUGCACCCUUUACAAAACUCUGUUGAGCAAGAGCCCUGGGGUAACUUUAAAAAGGCUAGAGCGUAAGCGACACGCUGUAAAUGAGUUGCGUACGGAAAAACCAAAACGAUACAGGAAAAGAAUACUUUUCAGCCAAACUGACGGGCAAUACGGCCAAGAAUGUCAGCGUCCUGACAUGAACAAAAAAGAUUUUGACCAUGCCAAAGACCUGUUUUUAGAUCACCUUAAAAAGCAGGCUUUAAAGCGGUUCGAAAUAGAACGCAGCACCAUUUUACAAGCAGAAAGUGCAUUAUGGCUUGAACUUCGCCGGUGCAUUCUGACAGCAUCACUGUUUGGUAAAAUCUGUAAGAGGCGUCCUAAUUUGAACUCGGCGCCCUUGGUGAAAUCUAUUCUAUACAGCUAUGAUUUAAGCCAUGUUCCAUCUAUAAGACAUGGGAAAGAAAAUGAAGCCAAGGCUCUGGAACAACUAGGUACACAAGAGAAUAUCAAUAUACAAAAGUGUGGGUUGUUUAUUCACGAACAAUAUUGUUUUUUGGGGGCUUCUCCAGACGGCAUCUGCCAAGAGGGGCUAGUAGAAAUUAAAUGCCCAUUUUCCGCAUUUGGUGUCGACCCAGACGAAGCGAUUGCGACAAAAAAAAUCAAAUGUUUCAAACGAAACAAUGCCGGAAAAUAUGUCAUGGAUAUCAAUCAUGAUUGGUAUUAUCAAAUUCAGGGUCAGCUUCAUAUUGCAGACAAACGUGUUUGUAUAUUUGCAAUAUGGACUGGUCCUGAAUUUACAAUGAAAGUUGUCAGAAUACCAAAAGAUGAUGAUUUCUGGGAGCAGAAAAUGCUACCAAAAUUAUCCCGUUUUUACCACGAUUGCGUCCUUUUGGAAAUAAUUGAUCCCAGAAAAUCACGAUCCAUGGCAAUCAGAGAUAUAAAAAUUUAAACAGUUAA